UCUUGGAUUUGCAUAUAAGUCAGAUUCGCUUCCAAUUCUUCUUUUAUUGUUGUUUUAAUUAAUCAGGACGUUAUAAAUGUUAUUUUAAUUGUGAAAAUUUCACAGAGAAACCAGAAACAAUGAGUUUCUCAAGUGACGAAGUGAAUUUUUUGGUCUAUCGAUACCUACAAGAAUCUGGAUUUCAACAUUCAGCGUGGGUGUUUGGUAUCGAGUCUCACAUAUCACAAAGCAAUAUAAAUGGAGCUCUUGUGCCACCAGCUGCUUUGUUAUCCAUUAUUCAAAAAGGGUUACAAUACACCGAGGCUGAAAUAUCAAUCAGUGAAGAUGGCACAGUUCAAAGAAUGGUCGAAUCUUUAUCGCUCAUUGAUGCCGUGAUGCCGGAUGUCGUUGCCACACGGCAAAAUCAACAAAAUCAACAGAAGCAACAAGUUAAAACGGAAGUACAAGACACAAAUGGAGAGGAAGUUGUUACGUCGAAUGAAGGCGUUGGGGCAAAUGAUAGAGCGGCUGAUAGAUCAGAAAUGGAAGUUGACGAUCAUCAACAGGGAGCGAGCGCUGCGGCGUCAGUGAAUGCAGUGGAAAUACCCCCGAGUAAAGCAAUGAAAUUACGUGGUCAUGAAUCGGAGGUGUUUAUUUGCGCCUGGAAUCCAACGAUGGAUUUAUUGGCAUCGGGCUCAGGAGACAGUACCGCGAGAAUAUGGGACAUGUCGGACAAUACGACUUCGCCUAAUCAGCUGGUUCUUCGUCAUUGCAUACAAAAGGGCGGCGCCGAAGUCCCAAGUAACAAAGAUGUUACGAGUUUGGAUUGGAAUUGCGAUGGCACCCUUUUGGCAACGGGUAGUUAUGAUGGUUACGCACGCAUAUGGACAACAGAUGGUAUAUUGGCCUCAACUCUGGGUCAACAUAAAGGACCAAUAUUCGCACUGAAAUGGAAUAAAAAGGGAAAUUAUAUUUUGAGUGCUGGUGUUGAUAAAACGACAAUUAUUUGGGACGCCGCUAGUGGCCAGUGUACACAGCAAUUCAGUUUUCAUUGUGCGCCCGCACUUGACGUCGAUUGGCAAACGAAUACAUCGUUCGCGAGUUGCUCGACCGAUCAGUGCAUUCACGUGUGCAAACUGAAUGUCGAUAAACCAAUAAAAAGCUUUCAGGGCCACACUAAUGAAGUGAACGCGAUAAAAUGGGAUCCGCAGGGAAAUUUGUUGGCGAGUUGUUCGGACGAUAUGAGUUUGAAAGUGUGGUCAAUGAAGCAAGACACAUGGGUGCAUGAUUUACAAGCGCAUAGUAAAGAAAUUUACACUAUUAAAUGGUCGCCGACAGGUCCUGGAACUCGAAAUCCAAAUAUGAAUUUAACAUUGGCCAGUGCAUCGUUCGAUUCAACGGUGAGAUUAUGGGAUGUCGAAAAAGGCGUUUGCACUCAUACUCUCACAAAACAUACGGAGCCAGUUUAUAGUGUUGGUUUCAGUCCUGAUGGUAAAUUUCUUGCCAGCGGAAGCUUCGAUAAGUGUGUACACAUUUGGUCAACACAGAGCGGACAGCUCGUACACAGUUACAAGGGAACUGGUGGCAUUUUUGAAGUAUGCUGGAAUAGUCGUGGUGACAAAGUUGGAGCAUCUGCAAGUGAUGGCAGUGUAUUUGUACUUGAUCUUCGUAAACUGUGAUUACAAUCGACCGGUUAGGUUUGCUGAACAUUUUUUCUUUUUUUAAAUUUCAAUUCGUGAGAGACAAUUUAUACAAUGAAAUUCUAUUUUAUUUCAACUUUUAAUGUUUCCAUUGUACAUAUUGUACGAUUUUUAUCUCUCGAAAAAAAAACUCUUUUUAAGUACAACCUAAUCAAGAAAAAGUGGUUUACUUUGACUGACAUAUUUUCUUUCUGUUUCUUUUUUUUUAAUUUAAUUUUUCUCAUUCUUCUUUCAACAAAUUAUAUUAUUAUAUAUAUAUCCUCAAUGGAAAAAAUUUGAUUUACAAUUGUCUAUGAUUAGUUUUUUGUGAAAUUAUAUUAAUAUUUAGAAGAAAACAAGAAAAAUUGAAGGAGAAACUAGUGAAGGAUAAAGGGGAAAAUUAAUUUAUAACAAAUUUUUGUUUUAUAAUGGAGGAAAAAAAAGAUGAAGAAUAAAUUUCUUUUUAUUCGUAAAAAACGAGAAAAUUAAGAAUUAUUUAGAAAUAAGUUAUAAGAUUUUUCAAAAUGUGGUAGAUUUUUUUUACAUUUAUUAUCGGACGUUUAUUUUAUAUUUAAUGAAAAAAAUCUAGAUGUAAUUCAUUGUAAUGUUAAUAAUGAGUAUUAAGGCACAUAUAUUAGAUUAAUAAAGUUUUUUAAUGAA